AUGUUCUUGAGGCGGUGUGCCCAGUUGGGCCCUCGCUUUGCUCGGUUUAAGUCCAGUUCAGCGACUUCAGCGCUUACUUACAAAGCUUUGCAUGGAAACACGUCUUUCCGUCCUUGCCCCAUUACUGAGCCCCCUCGUCUCUCUACUCCCGAGGCUGUUUCAAAUAUCAUUUUGACGACUCCCACCAAUUUGAAGAAUAAGAAGAAGAGACAUGUUUUGAACUGUCUUGUUCAAAAUGAGCCUGGCGUUUUGUCCCGUUUGUCGGGAAUUUUGGCCGCUCGUGGUUUCAACAUUGACUCCCUCGUGGUUUGCAAUACCGAAAUUGAAAAUCUGUCUCGCAUGACCAUUGUCUUGAGAGGUGCUGAUGACUUUGUUGAACAAGCUAGACGCCAAAUUGAAGAUAUUGUUUCUGUGUGGGCUGUCUUGGAUUAUACGAAUACCAAUAUCGUUGAGCGUGAAUUGUUGUUGGCUAAAGUCUCUUUGUUAGGACCCGACCACUAUCAAGAGCAUUUCAACCGUAAAGGAAACCGAAUCGAGGGUGCUCCUUCCAGUAACGAGGAGUCUGAAGUUGCAUUGAGUGCAACUGCUUGUCUUCAACUUCGCAACACGCAGUUGGCCAGUAUCAAUCAGCUCACCUCGUUGUUCAGGGGUCAUGUCACCGACAUUUCCACUGACUCUGCGGUCAUUGAGCUGUCGGCAAAGCCCUCUCGUAUUGACAACUUUUUGACAUUGCUCCGUCCGUUUGGUGUAUUGGAGGCCAGUAGAUCUGGUAUGAUGGCAAUGCCCCGUACUCCCCUCUCCAACUCCUUGCCUAGUCAAGAAGAAGUCGAGGAAAUUGAAACUGUGGAGGUUACCGACCUGCCUCCUGGAUAA